AUGUUUCCAAAAUCUUAUCCUGAAUCAUCAUCUGGCAAACCACUUAUGACCUUAGACAGGGAAGGUCCUUUGUUCAUUUUAACAAUGAAAAAUGGUGAAAAUCGAAUCACCACCACUUUUGUCCAAGCUUUUUUUUCUGCAUUGGAUGAUAUUGAAAGAAUUCGUGAGCAGGAAGAUGAACAGCCAGCUGCACUUAUCACCACUGGCGAGGAAAAAUUUUAUAGUAAUGGAUUGGAUUUAGAGCAUGCGUUAAGUACUCCUGGUUUUUUUGACAAUUAUUAUUUGAAGUUGUUGACUAGAAUGUUGACUUUUACUAUACCUACGGUUGCGGCGAUUAAUGGCCAUGCUUUUGCUGGUGGUUGUAUGUUAGCUUUAGCACAUGAUAAAUCAAAAACUGUUUUAGAAUUUAAACAACUUAUUGGAGAAAAAAGUGAAAUUCCGGCUGAUAGGCAAAGAUUAAUAUAUUCUGGUAAAGUGUUAAAAGAUAAUGAUACUCUUGAAACUUACAAGAUUGCUGAAGGACACACAGUUCACAUGGUGAAAAGUUUAGGAGCUCGUGCACUGGGUGGAUUUGGUGGAGGUGGAGGAAAUUUUGGUAUUAAUAAUCCAUAUGGUGUCCCAAAUUUAGGUGGUAAUAAUAAUGGUAUACCAAAUAUGAAUAUGAUGAUGGAACAAGUUCUUAAUAAUCCUGCUUUGAUGCAGUAUGCUUCACAAAUGAUGCAGGAUCCUCAGUUUAUAGAUAAUAUAAUUGCAAUGAACCCACAAUUUGAACUUUUUGUUUCUACCACAGCAAUUGAUUGUGCGAGAGAAUUCUUUCGUAAUAUUUUAUUUGCCCUUCUUCGUUCUUUGGAUGCCAUUGCCUAA